AUGCAAGUUAUGUUUUCGUCACUUCAUGAAGUGAUACUACACCAGCGACAGGUUGCCCAAAUUGAGAACCUUCCCCUGCAGUCAAGAUGGCACCUCCCUGAGCGCUUUCAGCUGUACUUGUAA